GACGGCGGCGGCCUGCUGCACCUCACCGUCCUGCUGAGCUUGGCGGGGCUCCACCUGGACCUGGACUUGGACCUCGACCUCGACCUGGACCUCUACCUGCUGCUCCCGCCACCCACCCUGCUGCGGGAUGAGCUGCUGCUCUGGGGCGGCCCGACGAGUCCCGCCUACGCGCCCGGCCCCUUCGCGGCCUCGGGAGGGUGGGGGCGCGCGGACCACCUGCACCUUAAAGGACGGGAGCCGAGGGAGGAGGAGAGGACACCGGCGGAACCGACGGCGCAAGUGCCGGACGCCUGCGGACGCGCGAGCGAGGAGUAUGAGGUACUAAGAGCUACGAGUCCCAGUUCCCAGGAGGAGGACAAGGAGCUACGAGUGUCGGCCCAGAAGGACAAAUCACUACCGCAGAAGAAUGAAGAUGAAGCCAGAACAGCAGAUGAAGCUGAGUGGGAGGCGGAGAAGACCGCGGAAGCUAGGGAUGAGAGACAUCUAAAUGGGACUGACACAUCUUUCUCUCUGGAAGACUUAUUUCAGUUGCUUUCAUCACAGCCUGAAAAUUCACUGGAGGGCCUCUCACUGGGAGAUACUCCUCUUCUCCCUGGAAGUAUCAAUGAUGGCAUGAAUUCUUCAGCAUAUUAUAAUGUGAAUUUUAGCCAGGCUAUAAGUCAUGAUGUCAACCUCCAUGAAGCCAUGUUGCUGUGUCCUGACAGUACAUUUAGAAGAGAUCCAGUAGCAAGGACUCCACAGCCACAGGAACCAUUUCUGCAGUUAAACUCUCAGACCACCAGUCCUGAACAGACCCUUCCUGGAACUAAUUUGGCAGUUUUUCCACCAGUUGACCAGCAGAUAAGGAAUCUUACAAGCCAAGACCUUCUGUAUGACCUUGAUAUAAACAUAUUUGAUGAGAUAAACUCAAUGUCUUUGGUGACAGAAGAAGGUUUUGAUCCAAUGGAAGUUUCUCACCUUUUUGAACAACCAGAUUCUGAUUCUGGGCUUUCCUUAAAUUCGAGUCAUAAUAGCACCUCUGCCACCAACUGUGAUUCUUCUGUGUGUGAAGGUGCUAUGGGUUCUAGUAGUGACCUUGAAUCUCUUUCCCACCAUGCUUUAGAAGGGGCUGUAGGAGGCUACUACCCGGAGCCCAGUAAGAUUUGUCACAUGGAUCUUAGGGAUGAUUCUGGUUUUUACGGGGACCUUGCAUUUCAACACAUAUUCCAUAACCACACUUACCACUUACAGCCAAGUGUACCAGAAUCCACUUCUGAAUCUUCUCCAUGGCCUGGGAAGUCACAGAAAAUAAAAAGUAGGUACCUGAAUGACACAGACAGAAACUUAAGCCGUGAUGAGCGCCGUGCUAAAGCUCUGCACAUCCCUUUUUCUGUAGAUGAAAUUGUCCACAUGCCUGUUGAUUCCUUCAACAACAUGCUAAGCAGGUACUACCUGACAGAUUUACAAGUGUCACUCAUCCGUGAUAUUCGACGAAGGGGGAAAAAUAAAGUUGCUGCUCAGAACUGUCGGAAGCGCAAACUGGACAUCAUUUUGAACCUAGAAGAUGAUGUAUGUAACUUGCAAGCAAAGAAGGAAACCCUCAAGAGCGAGCGAGCCCAGUGUAACAAAGCUAUUAACAUCAUGAAACAGAAACUGCAUGACCUUUAUCAUGAUAUUUUUAGUAGGUUAAGAGAUGAUGAAGGUAGGCCAGUCAAUCCAAACCAAUAUGCCCUUCAGUGCAGCCAUGAUGGAAGUGUUUUGAUUGUACCCAAGGAACUGGUGACCUCAGGCCACAAAAAGGAAACUCAAAAGGGAAAGAGAAAAAGUGAGAGAAGAAAUUGAAAAUGGAUUAAUUUCAUUAAUGUGUAUAUAGUAGUAAUGUUCAGAUGAUACGUGGCUCACAAACCAUUGGAACGGCUUGAAGGUUUAGCUCAAAAUAUUUUAUAAGCAUCUUUUAAGUACUGCUACUUCAAUCACUCAGUGCUACAUUUUGAAGCUUAUAUGGACAAGUUUAGGACUCCCAGGUAAGGCCUGUGGGAAAUCUGGGGAAAGCCACAACUUUCCAAGAAGUCAUGUAUUCUAUGCACAAUUCAUAAAUAUGUACCGAGUAGCUGACAAAAUAUUUUAUAAGCAUCUUUUAAGUAUUGCUACUUGAAUCACUCAGUGCUACAUUUUGAAGCUUAUAUGGACAAGUUUAGGACUCCCAGGUAAGGCCUGUGGGAAAUCUGGGGAAAGCCACAACUUUCCAAGAAGUCAUGUAUUCUAUGCACAAUUCAUAAAUAUGUACCGAGUAGCUGACAUAAAAACUUGAUAGGACUAUAUAGUCACUUUGGUAGCCACUUCUUAUUCUUAGUAAGAUGGUCACUUCAAGCACUGGAUGCAAUUAUUUUUAAAAGUUUUAGCUCUUGACUUGAAAUGCAGAGUAGCCUUAACAUUGUUUGUUGGCACUGAAUUAUAGUGAGCUUUUCAAAAGCUAUUUUAAUUCUUAUGAAUACUUAAAUUAUAACUUUUUCUGUGGAAAUAAAUUUUAUACUUGUAUUUAUUUAAAAAGUUAACGUUUCCUUUAAAUACAGAAAUUCUAAGCAAAUUUACCUUGGCUAUUUUUCCUCUAAUACACCUACAUUCAGGAAUACAGGUGAAUACUUAGCAGAAAGGGCUUGAUCUAAAUUGAACUAAAUAUGGUCUGUUAAUGUGAUAAGGGAAAUCCCCACUUGGAUUUAACAGAAUACUAUAUGAAAUAAAAUGGCCAAGCUGUAAACACGUGUCAAAAACAAAAAAAAUGAAGCUUUAAAGAGUGCAUUAGACUUUAAUGACUGAGAUCAAUGCUCUACAG